GAAAUCAGAUUUCUCCGAGGACUGCGGAGAAAGGACCAUUUGAGUUUUAGAUUUACCUGAGACAAUAACAAGCAUCCUGAGAGUUUAUUUUAACUUCUUGGAAAUGGAGCAAGCAAAAACAGAAGUUGAGAAGAAAGUGUCAAGACUUCUAAAAUUCCUCCAAAACAAAAACAAGAUCCCAAGAGAUUCAAAGAGAGAGCUUCUAGCGAUUGCUACCGAUCUCCAAGAGCAUUGUCAAUCUCUUUAUUCUUCCAUUGAUGAUUUUCAACAAGAUUUGGAUCCGACAAGAAGCGGCGGCAGAAGUAAAGUGCAAUCGCGCGUUGCUUCAUCGGAAGAUAUAGAGAAUCUUGUUGAGCAAGGAAGCAAGCUUGAAGCAUUGAGGAACGAGGCUGAAGAGAAAGAACAUGCACUGGCUUUACGCGUGAAGGAGCUAGAGCGAGAGCUAGGAGAGGCGAAAGCUGAGUGUGAUCGUCGUAAGGGAGAUUUGGAAGAAGAGAUUGAGAUGAAAGCUGGCGAAAGUAAGCAGCUAGGAGAGAUGAACAAAGGGCUUAGGUCUCAGAUCUCCGGUUUGAAACUGGUUUUGAAAGAAACAGGAGAUGAGAUAUCGACACUUGUGAACAAGUUUGGGAAGAGUGAGUUAGGUUUAACGUCGAGGAUUGAAGAUUUGAAGUGCCAGUUGAGAAACUUGGAGCAGGAGAUUGGUUUUCUCCGCGAGAGGAACGCGGAAUUGACUGGAAGCUUUCAAGUCAAGAGAGUUGAGGACAAAGAACGUGUAAACGGCUUGAUGGAUCAGGUAAGUAGUUUGAAACAUGAGCUUGAAUCCUUGCGGAACAAGAAAGUCGAACAAGUUACAGAGAAAGAUAUGCAAGGGAGGAGUGUGGAACAAGAAACAGAUAAAGAGAGGAAUAAGUUGAAUGAAGAGAUUGACCAUCUUAGAGAAGAAAAUAAGGAGCUGCACACAAGAAUCACAGAACUUGAAUCAUCACAGAUGGAAAGAGAGAUCAAAAAUACCGAUGAAAAUGAAGAUAAGAGCAAGAAACUGGACGCUGAACUUUCUCAUCAGAAGAAACUGGCCAAGGAACAAGAUGAUGUUAUUAACAGGCUAUCGGAAAAAGUCAAGGAUCAGGAAAGACUUGUGAAAGAACAGAAAGAGACCAUUGACAAGUUCUCUGAAGAUCUGAAGCAAUCAAAGCGUUGGUCACUUGGUUCAAGCCGAGACUCGAAGCUGAAUCCAAAUGCCAUAGAGAAGAAAAUAGAAGAAAUAGCUGAAGAUUUCCGGAUGAAGAUAGAAGACCAUAUCAGGAUACUGUACAGGAGGAUCCAUGUAGCUGAACAAAUACACUUGGAGAGCAAGAACGAAUAUAUCAAAAUACGAGACAUUGUUCAAGAAAACAAAGAAACUAGAGAGAGUUUGCUCUUUUACCAAACCCAUUUCAAAAGAAUCAAAGACACUUGGGAAAAAGGGUACACAAGAUCGACCAAGAAGCUAGAGGAAGCAGAGGAACACACGGGCAGAGUUGCUAGGUUAGCAAAAGAGAUUGAUUCAGCGAAGAUUUGGGUGUGUGAGAAGAAGAGCGAGUUGGAAACUCUAGCUGCAAAGCUAGAAUGCGGAGAAGCUCAAGAGACUUUGUUGAAAGAGAAAUUAUCUAAGCUAGAGAAGAAACUUGCAGAAGAAGGUACAGAGAAAUUGAGUCUAGCAAAGGUUGUGACCAAAUUUGAAGCGAGAAUUAAAGAGCUUGAGAUCAAUGUGAAGGGACGAGAAAUUGAAUUGUUGAGCUUAGGGGAAGAGAAGAGAGAAGCAAUUAGACAACUCUGUGUUCUCGUGGAUUAUCAAAGAGAUCGAUACGAUGACCUCAAGAAAUCAGUCUUAAAGGUUUCUCUUAAGACCUAAUGUCACAAAACUCAACUCUUUUGUCUUCCUUUUCA